AUGUGGAUUGUUCCCCUCCAAGACAAAGUUCAUCGCAUUGAAUUUGAACAUGGCACAACGACAGGCCGCAGAGUCAUUCGUGUUGAUGGCAAGGAGGUUUCGCGACGGAACUGGAUGAUCAAGUUAGUGGGUAGAGAGUUUUUCACGGUUGGAAAACAUUCGUGUGCGAUAGACAUAGAAUCUGUCGGAACGUUCGUUUACAAGUAUUCCUUGGAAAUCGACGGAAAGCCGGUGGAAAAGUUCAAAGAGCAAAUUUCCAGGCUGCUUCUGAUUUGGAAAACGGAAGUUGACAAAUUUCCUACUCGGAUUUGCCUUGGUAAAGGAACUUUUGCCAGUGAUACGCAAUAA